GCUGACGUCAACGGCGGCCUCAUGAGCGGCGGGCGCGCCAGAUCGAGCCGAUUGGGGCCCGCCCCGGUUUCUCGGCGACUGCUUCACCUCGGGUGAGCGAUACGGAACUGGAUGCGCGAGGUCCUGCUGCCGAAUGCUUCCAAGCAACAAGACGGUCAAGACGACGCUGCUGGGCGCAUUGUGUCCUCCUCGCCGCUUCGUGAACUGCGACCUUCUUUUUUCGGGUCUUCCGCAUAGUCAGUCAUGCCCAACGGCGACUCGGAGCUGAAGAACGGCCGGCGCUACAUCUUCGGUGCUAUGAAGGCGAUAUUGGAAGCACUGGCUGCCUCAGCCGGAGACAUUAAGGCUAAGGAGUUGACCAGCAUCCUCCAGGAGAAGAGGAAGAAUCUAAGCGAGGGAACUUCAAAAAAUCCAAAGAAAGUGCCAAAGCGAUGGAAACAGUUCAGCAAGAGUGUGUUUGGUUCCAGAAAGUCUGUGGAGGUUGGCCCCAAUGGCCUCUAUGUGAACACAGCCUCCCUGGAUGAACUAAAUCUUGAGAAUGUGGAGCCACAGGAUCUCAGCCUGCUUCAGCUGCUAGCAUUGAAUGCGCUGGACUUGACAGCACCCGCCAGCGAUAUCUUGCUGAAAAACAGGACCAACACAUGGGUCCAGCUUUCAGGCCAUGAAGGUGCUUUUGCCCGGGCUGGACCUGGCACCAUCUGGAAAAAAUGCACGGGGGACAACAGAGAGCUCCAAGCCUACAAGUCUCUAAUGAAGGACGAGCUAGCUGACAUGGUCCCCAAGUUCUAUAGGGACAUCGACUACCACGGCCAACGCUUUAUAGAGAUGCAAGACUUGUUACAGAGCUUUGUCAAACCAUCCAUAAUGGACAUAAAAAUGGGAACAAGGACAUUCCUCGAGUCUGAAGUCCAAAAUGCAAAAUCUCGUACAGACUUGUAUGAGAAAAUGAUCAAAGUAGACUCCCACGCACCCACAUAUGAAGAGCAGGAGGCAAAGGCAAUCACCAAGCUUCGCUACAUGCAGUUCAGGGAAAAUCUCAGUUCCUCGUCAACACUUGGGUUUCGGAUAGAAGGCUUCAAGACAGGAGAUCAGGAACCCAUGAAUGACUUGAAGCUUGUCAAAACAAGAGAAGAAGUGAUUGACGUCAUGCGAAAGUUCCUUGGAAAUCGAGAAGUCAUCCACAACCAGGUCAUUGACAGGCUUUUAAUCCUGCGGAUGAAGAUGGAGUCAUCAGAGUUCCUGAUGAGUCACGAGGUUAUUGGUAGCAGCUUGCUGAUCGUCCAUGAUGGCAAGAAGGCAGGCGUCUGGAUGAUUGACUUUGCCAAAACCAUUCCCCUUCCGGAAGGAGUGUCGGUGAGCCACCGGGCGCCCUGGCUGCUGGGGAACCACGAGGACGGCUACCUCACGGGACUGGACAACCUCAUCUCGGUCCUUGAGAACUGCAGGCCUUAAUAUCACUGCCAAGACGGCAGUUUUCAUCAUGACAUCCGGCAUCUAUGCACCUCCGUCCCAACGAAUUGUGCUUUGGGCUAUCGGAGCCCGGAGGUUUCAGUCCCUGUGAAAGAUGCACUUGGAAGCGAGUCAAGAGGCCAAAGAAUAAUGGGUGCUCAACUUUGAGUGGUGCACCCAGUUUCAGGACGACCUUUGCCACAGUUGCUGGCAAGACGGCGCUUGGCCCCCGGUUCUGGUUGGGCGAAAAGUGCAGUUUUAAAUACCAGUGGUUGCACGCGACAUUAUGUAGUUGUCUGGUAGUCUUGGUCUUAUUCUGGAGCAUGUGUAGAGCUGUUGAGUGCUGCUGCUCAACAGUUUGAGCAAUGCCUUUGUAUGUUUUGAUUAGUGCCCCUUGUGGUUAUUCCAUAUUAAUUAAUGGCCAAGAGGCCAUGAUUUUUUGCAGUCAUGCAAUUUUCCUGCAUUAUCAUUACAAUGAAAAUCAAAGCUGAAAAAUACCAAGGGGCAGUCUGUUCACCACAGAAAGCAAUAGUGUCAAACUUGAAGUGCAGCAUUACAUAUUUUUGUAAGUAUUCUGUAUAUAUGUAAAGAUAUUUAUUACAUGGCAACUUCUACCUUGAUUUUUGAGAAAUAAAAUUGUCAGACAAGAA